AUGGCUGAGGCUACGCUCCACAAUGCUCCCAUUGUCAUCGACAAUGGCAGCGGCACAAUUCGCGCUGGUUUCGCAGGGGAGGAAAUCCCGUCAUGUUACUUCCCAUCGUUUGUUGGUCGGCCAAAACACCCGCGGGUCAUGGCCGGCGGUCUGGAAGGGGACGUGUUUAUCGGGCAGCGAGCGCAGGAAUUGCGCGGGCUGCUGAAGAUCCGAUACCCGCUCGAACAUGGCAUCGUCACGGACUGGGAUGAUAUGGAAAAGAUCUGGCACUAUGUCUACGAGAACGAGUUGAAAACGCUGCCCGAGGAGCACCCCGUGCUGCUCACCGAACCGCCGUUGAACCCCCGCAAGAACCGCGAUGCCGCGGCCCAGAUCAUGUUCGAGACUUUUAACGUGCCUGCUCUGUACACUUCGAUCCAGGCGGUGCUAUCGCUGUACGCGUCUGGCCGGACGACCGGUGUGGUCUUGGAUUCAGGAGAUGGUGUCUCCCACGCAGUGCCUGUGUUUGAAGGAUUUGCGAUACCCAACAGCAUACGGAGGAUUGAUGUCGCCGGUCGGGAUGUGACAGAACAGUUGCAGCUGCUGUUGCGGAAGAAUGGACAUGUUCUGCACACCAGUGCUGAAAAGGAGGUGGUGCGCAUGAUCAAGGAAAAGGUCUGCUACGUCUCGUUGGACCCGAAGCGGGAGGAGAAGGACUGGAUGAACAGCUAUCACAAAUCCGAGGCGAAGUCGGUAGAUUACGCUUUGCCUGAUGGACACAAGAUCAAGGUUGGACAAGAACGCUACCGAGCGCCUGAGAUCCUGUUUGACCCCGAACUCAUCGGUCUCGAAUACCCCGGUGUGCACCAAAUCGUCCAGGACGCCAUCACCCGCACAGAUCUGGAUCUGCGGAAAUCGUUAUAUCUCAACAUUGUUCUGUCUGGCGGUUCGACACUGUGCAAGAACUUCCCGGAUCGACUGAUGCGCGAAAUCAAGCGAUUGGCCGUGGAGGACAUGAAGAUUCGGAUUUCUGCCCCUGCAGAGCGAAAGUACACGACCUGGAUUGGUGGUGGUAUCCUUGCCGGACUGAGCACAUUUAGAAAGAUGUGGGUUAGUGCAGACGAAUGGCACGAGGAUCCCGAGAUCAUCCACCGAAAAUUUGCUUAA